AUGCGUCGUGCUGUCGUUCAGAACUUGCGUGCAGUCCGCCGCCCCAGCGUCUCCCGAUCGAAAGUUGCCGGCAAUGUCGUCUUCCACCGCUCGCUAGCCACCCGCUCCUCGUCCGCCCCCUCGUCCAUGCGCCUCCGCCGUGUUUCCCUGGCCGUUGGCGCUGUCGCUGCCGGANNGGUGCUGCCCUGUACCAGUACCGCCAGUCCUCCUCUUCGACUUCUGCCUCUGCCCAAUCUGCCCCCUCCACAAACUACGCCUCUCCCCCCUGCUCCUGGUGCUACUGGUCCCGUGUCAGAAGAAGUCGCCGAUGCCGUCCGCCGUGCCCUCAUAGUAGAGCAAGGCGCCCUCUACACCAGCGUCAUUCCUGACAACCAGCCCCUGCACAAGGAGACCGACGACUACGGUCGCAAGGUCCUUGAAAUGUUGACUGCAGAGCAAGCCACCCAGAAGCUGCGUACCAACCAAGAAUCUUAUCUGGUCGGCCGCGGUUCUGGUGUUGUUCGCUACGAUGUUGUCCAGAUCCCUAGCAACGACCCCAUUGAAGACGACCACGCCGAGAAGAUCAUUCACGUUCCCGAGUCGGUUUCUGGUCAAACCGAAGGUAGUGAUUGGAUGUUCUGGGGUGUCUUUGACGGUCAUGCGUACGCCUUUCCAGUCCUCCCACAUCUGCUGCCUUUUGCUAACAUUCAAACUAUAGUNGGCUGGACCACAUCUGCCAAACUCCGUCAGACUCUCAUCUCAUACGUCGCUCGCGAGUUGAACACGACCUACACAGCUGCCUCCGCCAACUCAUCUCUCAAGCCUCCCCCUCCUGAUGCUGUCGACGCCGCCAUUAAGAAGGGUUUCACCCUGCUCGAUCAUGAAAUCACUCACGAGAGCGUCAAGAAGGUCCAGACCGCAAAGUCGAGGUCAUUGGCUGCCGAACUUCUCGCUCCUGCACUCUCUGGUUCGUGUGCUUUGCUUUCUUUCUACGAUAGUCGCACCAAGGAGCUUCGCGUUGCUUGUACUGGCGACUCGCGCGCUGUUCUGGGCCGUCGCGGUGCCAGUGGCAAGUGGACUGCAACUGCCCUUUCUGUCGAUCAGACCGGAGGAACAGAUUCUGAAAACGCUCGUCUGCGCAAGGAGCAUCCCAAUGAACCCUACGUUACUCACAACGGUCGUAUCCUCGGUGGUCUUGAGCCUAGCCGUGCAUUCGGAGACGCCGUUUACAAGUGGUCCAAGGAGACACAAGAUCUUCUGAGGAAGAACUUCUUCACUCGCUCCUAUUCCAAGUACCUGAAGACUCCUCCAUAUGUUACUGCUGAGCCUGUGGUCACCACCACAAAGGUUCAACCUGAAAAGGGCGAUUUCGUCGUUAUGGCCACAGAUGGUCUAUGGGAGAUGCUCACGAACGAGGAGGUUGUCGGUCUGGUCGGAAUGUGGCUUGACCAGCAAGCUCACACUGCUCCUCAGCGGAACCAGUCCUGGCUUAAGUCGUGGUUCAGUUCCAACAAGACAGCUUCUGCUCUCAAUGUUGAGGGUGCCGCUCAUGGAGAAGAUGCUACUGGCCAGCGUGCACCCAUCCGUCAACAACAAUGGGGUGUCAACGACCCUGAGUUCCAACGCUUUGUUGUUGAAGACAAGAACGUCGCAACACACCUUGCACGUAACGCUCUUGGAGGCAAGGAUACAGACACACUGUCCGCUCUACUUACUUUACCCAGCCCAUACUCGCGAAGAUACCGUGACGACCUGACUAUUGAAGUCAUCUUCUUCGGAGAAGGCGGCCCAGAACGGACAGGACGAGUGGAGUUGAACAAGGAAGCAUCGGCCCUAGGGUCCGAGGCCGUCAAGCCAAGCUUUGAGGUGGCGUAA